AUGGACAGCACGUCGACAUCCGCAACCCGUGUGCUCGAUAUCGAAGCAGCUGGGGCCAAAAGUGCCGACGAUGGCGGUCCCAGUCCGACUUGCGCGAGUAGUGUCGAGCCAGACGCCGAGAAGGGUUCCCCGGCCGAGGAUGCCGACCAGCAGCCGGCGCGGACCUACAGCACAUGGCAAUGGGCACUGAUCCUGGCGGCAAUCUACGCCAGCCAGUUCCUGUACGGGCUAGACACCACCAUCGUUGCAGACAUCCAGUCCGCCGUCGUCGAGGAGUUCGAUCAGAUUGGUCAAUUGGGAUGGCUCGGCGUCGGGUACCCUCUGGGCAGCGUUGCGACCAUCCUUACAUUUGGGAAGGCCUAUGGAAUCUUCGACAUCAAAUGGCUUUACACCGGGAGCCUGACCAUGUUCACCGCCGGCAGUGCUCUUUGCGGCGCUGCUCCUAACAUGAAUGCCCUCAUCGUCGGCCGAGUUUGGGCAGGGGCCGGCGGAGCAGGAAUGUAUCUUGGUGUUAUGAACCUGCUCACCGUCAACACCGCCAUGCACGAACGAGCGAUAUACAUUUCCACAGCCGGCGCCAUCUGGGGCGCUGGCUGCAUUCUUGGUCCCGUCAUUGGAGGCUCCUUUGCCGACAGCUCAGCGGGAUGGCGAUGGGCCUUCUACCUCAACCUGAUUCUUUACGGCUUGUUCCUGCCAGUCAUCCUCUUCGGACUGAAGCCAUUCAGCUUCCAACCGGACAAGCCGUUCAUGAAGAAGCUUGCACAUCUCGACUGGCUCGGCAUCUUCCUCAAUGCUGCUGUGUACACCGUAUUCGUGACCGUCUUUACGUUUGCGGGCUCAGAGUGGGCAUGGGACGCCGGCCAGACCAUCGCGCUGUUCGUCAUACUCGGCGUCCUCAUCAUUUCCUUCGUCGCCAGCCAAUACUUCACCAUCCUGACCGACAAGGAACGACGACUCUUCCCUGGAGAUUUCCUCCGCAACAAGAACCUGAUCCUGCUCUACAUCAGCCAGUCCUGCGCCACGACCACCCUCUUCAUCCCCAUCUACUACAUCCCCCUCUUCUGCCAAUUCGUCUACGGCGACAGCGGCAUCUCCUCGGCCGUGCGCCUCCUCCCCUUCAUCUGCAUCGCCGUCUUCGCCAACCUCCUCCAAGGCGCAACCGCAUCGCGGGUCGGCUACUACAUGCCUCUCUUCCUGAUCGCCAGCAUCCUCGGCACCAUCGGCGGCACGCUCUUCUACGCCGAGCUCUCGGCCUCGACGCCGCCCUCGCACAUCUACGGCUUCUCCGCCAUCCUGGGCAUCGCCGCGGGUCUCUCGCAGACGGUGGCGUACAGCGUGGCGCCGACGGAGACGGCGCCGGAGCGCGUGGCCGACGCCGUCGGCUUCAUCAACACGGCGCAGAUCGGGUCGACGGUGGCGGCGCUGACCAUCACCUCGGCCGUCUUCCAGAACGUCGGGCGCAAGCACGUGGCGGCCGCCGUGGCGGGGCUGGGCUUCACCGACGCCGAGAUCGCGUCGGCGCUGGCGGGGCAGCGCGCCGCUGUGUUUGAGAGGAUGAGCGAGCAGGUGCGCGAGAAGGUCAUUGCGGGGAUUGCGAGCACGAUUUGCGAUGCGUUUGUGCUGAUUACCGUGGCUGGGGCGCUGGGGACGGUGGUGGCGCUGUUUUUGAAGAGGGAGAGGCUGAGUAUGGAGGGGGCUGUUGGGGGGGCGUAG